AUGGCAGCACUGCAUCAUCAAACUCUCCCUUUACCAGCUCGCAACUCACAGGCUCCGGGUGCUUCUCAGCCAAGGCUCGUCUCAGCUUCAGCCCUUGCGAGCGUCGAGAAGCGGCGCCGGGACUUUGUGCGAAGCUUGGGCCCAUGUCCAAGCGGAUGCGAGGAUCUGGAUUCAUAUGUUCUCCUUGGGGGAUUUGAGCGUGGGAGCGUGGUCGGGAUAAGCGCCGAGGACGAGGAUGGAGUAGGUGUGACGCUAGGGCUACAAGUGCUGGUGUGCUCUCUCCUAGACAAGGCGGUUCAAAAAGUCCAGAUUGUGACGCCCAAGCCUCCCAGCACCGUUGUCGUCUUACUCAAGAACAGCAUCACGGCUGAGCUCAAGGCAAGAGGCAUCGCGGCUCCUGGCGAGAUCGCGGCCCAGGGGAGAGAGUGUCUGGACAGAAUCUUGCUUUCGCGCGUCUUCGACAUGGAUGGACUGUGCGAGGUGCUGGCGGACUUGGACAAUGCAGUUGCCCCCGGAACCGAGGAGCAUGUUCUGCACAAGCCGGAAGGGGAUGACGCACAGCCAACGGAGGAGAGGACGGCCAAGACACAGUCUAAGACCGAUGCUGCUGCUAGAGACUUGGAGAAUGAACCGCAGGGUCCAUCUGUUGUUGCUGAGAUCCAGGACAGCCAAGACGAGGAUGAAGCCCUAUCUCCUUCGCAGCCCUCGGAGACACCGCCUCAGCCCAAGGUACUGCAUGAAGUGCAAAAGAGUGAAGCAACUACUUCCGGCGAGCAAUCAAAACAAGAUUCAAAUGGUUCUAAAGACACUACUACCGCUACUGCUAACAACGACAACAAUUCAACAUCGACAACCCCCGACAUCAUCCUCAUCACCCACUUCUCCUCCCUCCUCGCCAGCUUCUUCACCCAGCGCGACAACUCAGUCGCUCAUGCAACCCUCCGCCUGCUCGCCUCUCACCUGCGUCGCCUCUCCAGAACACUGCCCUCCAACCCUCUCAUACUGCUCAUCAACUCCACCGACUCCGGCGCCGCGUCAUCUACAACUCCAACAGCAGCAGCAGCAGCAGCAGCCCAUUCUUCAGAGCCUCACAGCUACGACAUCCCGCCGCCAGAACAACCAACCACGCAGAAACCUUCCGUCGACCCAACUCUCCGGUCUAUUUUCAACCCGGCCUCCGAGUCGUCGGGACAUGGACACGCCGGCGGGUACAAGCCCAAUAAGCCAACCUUCGGCCUCGUCUUCACACAGCUGCUCGACGUGCACCUCCUUUGCACACGGGCUCCUCGCCCCGGCAAGGCGUCUUUACCGCGUGCACUGACGGUCGUCGAGGUGCUAUUGGAUGACAUUGGCCUGUGGGGAGGUGAAAGGGGUCUUAGAAAGAGAAGGGAGCAACGUUGGACCGUCGUGGCCCCUUAUAAUGGCCGCAUUAUCAAUGCGUCCGACGGUAAGAAGCUGAUGGGUAAAGGAUGA